UCUCUGAUCAACUAUAAAUCCUCGAUGGUGAUGCGAUCUAUCCAUGAGCUGCUCGAGGACACAUCCGGCCACACUAACAUCGGAAUUCCCAAGCACCUAAGUGAGAGCCGCCUGGGCUCUGUUCUGUCUUCCUCCUCAGACUCCGAUGAUAUUGACGAGUUCCCCUUUAUCCCGAAACCCCUGCAGCCUGAGCUUCUGUCCUGCCGGCUACCCCUACAGCAACUCCGGCGAGACCAUUACCAGGCGUCGGUCGCGCAGAAUGGACUGGGCCCAGCGGCUGGUGAGGAGGCAGUGUCUGAGCGGAGAGCCGCUCCCAGCCCCUCGCCCAGGAAAAGUAAAGAAGAGUUGGAGCAGAGCCAAGGUCGGAGGAAGGAGAAUGGGGAGGCCAAACCGGAGGGUGCAACCAAAACCCGGCCAAAGGUAUCGAGGAAGAGAUCAACGGAUGUCGAACCUCCUGAGUCCUCCUCGGAUGAAGACUCUGAGGCUCAGAGGAAGCCCGGAACGCUGAAGCGUAGUCUACGGAAGGGAGUGAGCAUUGACUCCCCGGAUUCUCUGCGGGCGGAAGCGGCCUCUAGGAGGGGAGAGUUCCGCCGGGGCAGUUCCGCUGACUCCGCCCUGGCUCUGUUGGGUGCCCAGGAAGCAGGUGAGGGCACGGGCAAGGAGGAGGAGGAGGUGAGGACACGGGCGGAGGGGCCAGGCAGGCUAAAGAAGUCCAUGUCCAUGGAGCUGCCCAGGAGGAGCCCGAGCCCUGGAAGGCUGGAUGACCUGGCGGCCCAGAGGCGUAAGGGAGCAGGCCCCCUGCAGGAGGACUACGCCCUGAAACUUGAGCUGAUGAGGCAACGCCUCCUACGGGGCGGCUCCGUCGACAGCAAGAUGAGCGGCCUGCGGGGCCCCCUGCUGGAGCACCUGGGAAUCCCGGAUGAGCCCAAGCCACGUUCCUCAUCCCUGGAACGUCAUUCCCUCCGUCCUCCGAGGCCAGAGAAGGCCGCCACCCAGCCCAGGUUGGCCAGGGCAGUGUCGAGUGAGACGGCUCCUAGUGAGGAGCCCUCUGAAGGCCGUAUCCUGAGGAAAAGUGCCUCAUUCUCCCAAGGGGAGCCCACAAUCCUGCACCGGCCCGUGGGAGCGCCGCUGGAAAUUCCUGUCCCGCAGCCGGAUUCCAGAGGCUACUCUGAGCCCUCCUUCCCACUGAAGGAGUCGCCCUCGCUCUCGGCGUUGACCGAUCCUUCCAAGUACGACGGUUCAAGACCCCCGACGCCGGUCAGGUCCGCUAUCAACAAAGAGCAGAGAGAGGCCACGCCUGAUAUGAAGAUGGUGGAGGAGCCCAAGCCAGAGGUGGAGGGGCCCUGCAGGAAGACAAUGAUCGGAAAGACUGCAGUCAUCACCCACAGCAACCUGACAGCUGACACGCCCACCCUCACCCCUUCCAGUCUCGCCUCCGAGCUGCCCCAGGCAGACGACCAACCCUUGAUGACCACCACCAUCCCAACCCCCACCUCCCGCGGAGAACGAUUAAGCGUGGGACCAGCUGCUGGGGGCAAACUCCAAGCACCUGCCCCAGCAGCUCCCCUGGCAGUCAGGCCCCUCCCCAUCCCAGAGCCACUGGAUAUUACCUCUGUGUCUGCUCAAGGGGCAACAGACGUGGUCAAGGCCUGGGAUGGCUUGGACGAGAGCCCUAGUGAUAGGGCCCCAGGCUUCCCACAGAACAGCCAGCCACCGGUGAUCGCUCUGGCUCCUGGAGACGGUGUCAAGCCCCCUGUCCUGGUCCCCCAGCCAGAUGGAGCACCCCUGGGACAGGGGGAGCAGGGUCAGCCCAGUCCAAACCAGAAGGCCGUCCCCGCCAUCAAAGUCAAGUCAUCCAGUAUGGGCCAGUUCCUGAACAUCGAGAAUAUCGAUUCGGAGGAGAUCUUUGAGGCCAAGUUUAAGAAGGCGAAACAGUCAUCGUUGACCCGAAGUCUCAAACAUCUGAUGAGACCCAAAUCUGAGGAGAAGUUGGGGCAACCAGCCCAGAAAGGGGACAACAUUUACCGCCCGGGGGAACGCGGGGCACCUAUACAAGUCCUGAAGGGGCAAGAGACUUCCCUCAGCUACAGUGAGGGCAAAUCCAGGUCCAGGUCUGAGCAGAACAUUCCAGAAGCUGCAAAGGAGCCCAGCUUCGUCAGGAAGCUGUCACUGAGGUUCAAAGGGGUGCCAGCAAAGGAGGAGAAGGUGAGGGAUGAGUUGCCAGUUGGAGGUCGCAAGCAUUCCUGGUCUUUUGGGAGAAGCAGUGGGAAGGACAGGAAGCCGGAGGAGGGGUCAAACUGGGAGAGCGGGAAACGGGAGCCCACCUCCCCCCUGAGUGAGUCUGACCCCCUCCACAAGGAACACAAGGACUCACCAGCCCUGGCCGUGAGGAGAAGAAUCGAGUCAACAAUCUCGGGCAUCUCUCUGCGGUUCAGCCGGAGCCACUCAGAGGAGAGGGUGGAGGGUAUCGCCUCAGAGCCCGGGGUCCCCGCUCUACAGGAGGUGAAGGAGGGCAAGCGGGGUCCCUUCCUGUCCCUACUGAGAAGAUCCACCUCGGAGGCAGGGUCGCUGAAGAAGGUGGGCAUCCCACAGAACCAGCUGGCAACGCAGACUCGCCCAUCCUCAGAGUCACUGCAGUCAGACACCAGUGUGUCCUCCAAACAGGAGAAAGCAUCUGCUCAUGGUGAGCGAAGGUCACAGUGGGAACGCUGGGGGUUCCUGCGAAUGAGGAGAGACAAGGCGAUAUCACAACCCAAUAUCUCCCUGGCUGUGGCAUCUGAGGAAGCUUCAAUGCUCUAUCACAGAAGUGCUUCAGAUUUCCCUCCUGUCUUCCAUGUUAAACUUAAAGACCAGGUGCUGCUUGAAGAUGAUUCCUUGACUCUCUGUAGUUUACCAGCAGGAAGCCCCACUCCCACUGUCAUCUGGUCAAAAGACCAACAGCCUCUUGUCUCUGAUGACCGGGUUUUGAUCGUCUCCUGUCCUGAUGGCCGCCAACUCGUCACCAUCACAAAGACCUCACGAAAGGACAUUGGCGUGUACGAGUGCUCAGCCACCAACCCACUGGGUUCAGCCCACAGCUCCUGCACUGUCUCCCUCGCUCGGCUCCCCGGGAGGCCAGGACCCCCCGAAAUCCCUCAGAUGUACAAGAACACAGCACUCAUCCUGUGGAAACCUGCCGAUACACUGGGCCCUUGCACCUACACGUUGGAGCGGAAACGUUCUGGAGAGGACAGCUGGAAGGUUAUCUCCGCUGGAAUCACUGACUGUUUCUUCAAUGCUACUGAGUUAACAAGUGGGACCCUCAGGUUUCGAGUGGCUUGUGUUAACAAGGCUGGUCAAGGCCCCUACAGUCCAAUUUCAGAGAGGAUUGUUAUAGAGGAGGAGAAACCAGAGCAACAGUCCCUGGCUGCUCUAAGCAUCCCCUCUGUGCCAGUCUAUCCAGCUGAAGUGACACCAGCCCAAGUGCCAGGACCCUCACCCAUUACCCCCCAAUCGACAUCCACAUUGACAGUGACCCCAACCUCCUCAAAGUUCACUCCUGUCCCAACAACAACCCCUACCCCAAAGACAGUGACCCCUGCCCCAACAGUGACCCCUGCCCCAACUGCGAUCUCCAUCCCAAAGACAAUGACCCUUACACCAAUAGUGACCCCUGCCCCAACAGUGACAUCUACCCCUAAGACAGUGACCCCUGCCCCAACAAAGGUCAUGCCUGUGGCCACCUCCCCUGUCAUUCCAUCGGUCUCCCCAUUGGCAGCUGCUACCUUACCCAUCUCUCCAGCAUCAUUCCCCUCUUCUCCAGCUCGAGAGGCUGCCACACCCCAGAGCGUCUCUCCCGUGGGAUCGGACUCUGCAGCAACUCCCACCAGGCUCUCCCCCAGCUCCCGACUGGCUGAUGGUUCCACCAUGGGACUGAGGCCAGGUGUCCCCCAGAAACCCUACACGUUCAUGGAGGAGAAGGCCAGGUAAGGUUUCAGGAGGUGGUGCUGACACCUC